UGCAUCACUGUAAAAGUCCCCCCGCCAUACUAACUGGCUCCCCUGUAUAUACAGCUCUACCACGUAGUGUCCCUCUAUAUUUCCACCUUCAGGAGAGAACAAGAAAUAAGGAAAUCCAAUCCCAAAAGCUCAUGUGAUGCACCGGUACCUAACCGGAAGUGGCUCCACAUGGGGGACGGCAUUCUGUGGUGCACCGUGGUCGGAUGCUGGUUACCGGUGCAGGAACUGGGAUCAAAGCCGUACUGUCAGGAUGAUAAAAGCGAUUCUGGUGUUCAAUAACCAUGGGAAGCCCCGCUUCAUGCGCUUCUACCAGCAUUUUGCUGAGGAGAUGCAGCAGCAGAUAGUAAGGGAGACCUUCCACCUAGUGUCCAAGAGGGACGACAAUGUCUGCAACUUCCUGGAGGGAGGAAGCUUAAUUGGUGGAUCUGACUAUAAACUGAUCUAUCGCCAUUAUGCCACUCUGUACUUUGUAUUCUGUGUGGAUUCCUCCGAAAGUGAACUGGGAAUUCUUGACCUUAUCCAGGUUUUUGUGGAAACCUUGGAUAAAUGCUUUGAAAAUGUAUGUGAGCUUGACCUGAUCUUUAAUGUGGAUAAGGUACAUUACAUACUGCAUGAAAUGGUCAUGGGUGGGAUGGUUCUGGAGACAAAUAUGAAUGAAGUUGUAGCCCAAGUAGAAGCUCAGAACAAACUGGAGAAAUCUGAGACUGGAUUCUCAGCAGCUCCAGCCCGAGCAGUGUCUGCAGUGAAAAGUAUGAACUUACCGGAACUGCCACGAAACAUAAAUAUUGGUGACAUCAAUAUCAAGGUUCCAAACCUCUCUCACCUGGUAUAAAAGAGGCAGAGAUUGUCUGGUUCUAAUUGUAAUUGUUCCUCCCUUCAUCUCACGACUCUGGACUGUUCCAUUAUUAUUUAAAUACAAGUUGUUAUAGACGUAUUAUAGAAUUGUGACAUUUACUGGAAAACAACAAAUAUAUCAAAAAUAUAUCAGUAGACUGUUUUGUGCUUAAUGUAAGAAUUCAUUGAACUCCACAGCAAUAAGAAAUUAUGGAUGUAGAAAGUGUUACUGGCAGCUUUCUAUAGAAGAUAUAUAUAAUAGCACAUUUAUUUGAAAUUUUGUGUUUUGCCAGUUUAUACAGGUGACAGCACCCCCUACAUUUUGGGCCUGAGAACCAUUUUCAGCCUCACUUAUGGAGUAAUCUCUUAGUUAUAAAACUAUCAACAUGGAUUUACCUGCAUAGUUGAUGGGACUGCAAGACAAAGUUCUCUCUUCAGAACCAGAAUAAGGGUUUUAUUCACAUCUGUGCCACAGAAGGUUCACACAUUUAGUCCAAGAAAACGAGUCCUGCAUGUAGCAAAUAUUGACCAGUCACAGACGUCUCCGUAGAACCUGAUGAAAACCAUUAUAAGUUACUGGGAUCUGACAGACAUCUCUUACCCUUCAUGUGAUGUAUACAGAACAGCUUUGUGGCUUCCAGUGUAAUCGAAUGCCACAACAAGGAUCUAUACAGAGCUUAUACAGUAUAAUGUACAUCAUAAUGUAUCGCCAUCUACUACUGCCACAUUGCUCUUCAUAGGAAAUAAAUCAAAAGGAAAUGUAACAUUGUUUUUUUAAUUUAAGCAUUUUUAUAGGUGUAUGUAAUGUUUUAUAUAUUGAUAUAUAAAACACCAAAUAUUUGUUAGGUCAAGAAAUAUUCCUAUAUAGCCAACAGUGAAAUAAUUCUGUUUUCCAUCCCGUGGAUGUUUUUUUUAAUUUGUUUUUUUUGUUUCCUAAUAACUUAUCUAAGGGAAUUUUUAGGGAAUUAUCUAGUUGUUAAAAGAAAAUUAUAAUUAUUAAAUGUGUCUUAUUCAGUUAAUUUGUUGAUUCCAUUAACUACCUUUGCCUGAAAAUUAAAUUCCAUUAAAUAUAAUCUUGAA